UAGCAACGACUGCCUCACACCCCGCCCAAACACACUGAAAGCACACCCCAUCAAGGCAUACGCAGCAACUCCGUAGUGCAGCUCGUCUUUUCUGCGUCGUUUGCCUUGUGCCUUUAAACGCCAGUCGAAAAAUCGUUCGGCCGCUAGACACGCGUGUUUUGUCGGCUAUUAGCCACGCUUUCUCUCGAUCCUCGGAGUUAAACCGUCGCCUAAGUAAUCCAGUCGUAUUGAUUCUAAGCCGCGCGCUACCUUCGCGUAAUUACACGGCUGAUAUUCCUUGCGCGUGCACCCGAAACUAUUCACCGAUUUUUCCCUAGACGCGACCGUUCUUGCCGGCUCUACGCCAAUGCGGCGCGCUCCUCUACGCUUCGUUCCUUCUUCCUCGGUUUCUCUGAAUGUCUCUUCUGCGUCUAUCAGUGAACCGCGCGAUUCAUUCAAAUCCUUGAGAGGUAUCACUCUGACCGGCUGUAAUUUCCGAUCGAUUAAUCAAGAGGAAACUUUGGCAACGCGGUGUCGCCUGUUGCAUGCGAGUAACACAGUGUGUACAGGACGUGCAGUAACGUAAUCGCCUUGAUUUGUAAACAACAUGAGAUGCCGGCUCAGUUCGUAAAGAGCGAUGCACCAAAACGGGCCAAGUUAACACAGCCAGAAAGCGUGGCGCACAAAGAACACACGUCACCAAGCAAGGAUAUCGAGGAGCGAUCGAGCACGAAAGACGAUUACGGGAAACACACGCGUCAUUCGCUGCUCAUUCAUGGACGACUCACGGCGUGGUGGCGUGGCUCGGCCAAACGAUUACAAAGAAUGGAAAAAAGAAAAAUAAACUGGACGUCAACUAUGACUCGAAGGUGCGAAAAAAAACGUGUAGAAUUGAAAGGAAAUUUGUCCACCGUCAGCGUGAUAUCGCUUCCCGAGAAUUAAAACCGCGAUCCGAAUGCCCGAGACGUGUAAAACAUGCAAGACGACGCGAGAAGGCAGCUGUUCCACGUGGAGAGUCGCCCACGGAUGCGUACGGCCCUGCGCCGAGAGCUAAACCCCCGACCGCAACGGGACUGCGCCUCGCCACAGUUACUCUUUUCUGUCACCGCCACCGCUGCCGCCGACGCCGCACUCGCCACUUUUACACAACGAAAAAAUGUUUCAUGUUUCUAGCGGAAAGCGAGGAUCGGACAGUUUCCUAAUCAUCUUUAUUCGCGUAUGAAAUUCUAAUCGAUCGCAGAACCAUGAGAAAAGAAAAUGAAAAAGAAGAUAACUGUAAAGAAGGGAUGUUUUUCGCGCGUGGAAUGGCGCAGCGGCCGCCACAUUUUUUCUCACUCCUCGUCGUUUCAAAGUCCCUCCCGUCGCGGGGGACUCAACACUCGCCGGUUGACAGUGUCACCCUAAAAAUCAAUAAGGGGUUCACCCUCGACCCUGCCCACCCUCUUCC